UUCUAUUAUUAUCUUCUCGCAUCAUAUCCCAUACACUACUACUACUAUAAAAUGAUGCGGCAAAAACACUUUAAUUUCCCAAUCCACACCACAACAACAACAACAACAACAACAACAACAUCUCCAUGGCUCGUCUCCCACCAGUAGUAAAAAGAUUAGUACUAAUAAUAAUGCUUCUACUAACUCUAUCAUCCACCGUACACGUGUCAUCCUCUGCGCCGUCGGAUUCCGCCACCUACAUCGUCCACAUGGACCUGUCCUUGAUGCCGCGCGCGUUCUCCAGCCCGCGCGUUUGGUACCGCGCCGCGGUGGCCGCCGCCGCCGCCGCCGUCGCGGACGCCGACGCGCUUCGUCCCGGCUCCUCGGCGGCGGCGCCCCCCCCGGAGAUCGUCUACGCGUACGAGAGCGCGAUCCACGGCUUCGCGGCGCGGCUCUCCUCGGCGCAGCUCGCGCGGCUCAGGGAGUCGCGCGGGUUCGUGUGGUGCCACCCCGACGCGGUUGUUCGCCCCGACACGACCCACACCCCCGAUUUCCUCGGCCUCUCCCCCGACCUCGGGCUCUGGCCCGCGUCCAACUACGGCGACGGCGUCAUCAUCGGCGUCGUCGACACCGGGAUCUGGCCCGAGAGCGCCAGCUUCUCCGACCGCGGCCUCGGCCUCGGCCCCGCGCCGCCGCGCUGGCGCGGCGUCUGCGAGCGCGGCACCGCGUUCGCCCCCUCCCUCUGCAAUCGCAAGCUCAUCGGCGCGCGCGGCUUCAACCGCGGCCUCCUCUCCCACAACCCUAACCUCACCAUCGCCGUCAACUCGCCGCGCGACACCGACGGCCACGGCACGCACACCGCGUCCACCGCCGCGGGGACGCGCGUCGCCGCCGCGUCCUUCUUCGGCUACGCCCGCGCCCCCGCCCCCGGCGGGGGCGCCCGCGGCGCGGCGCCGCGGGCGCGCGUCGCCGCGUACAAGGUGCUGUGGGCCGAGGGCGCGUACGCCUCGGACGUGAUCGCGGGGAUCGACGCCGCCGUAUCGGACGGCGCGGACGUGAUCUCGCUCUCCCUCGGGCUCAGCGGCGCCGCCCUCUACGACGACCCCGUCGCCGUCGCCGCGCUCGCCGCCGUUGAGCGGGGCGUCUUCGUCUCCGCCUCCGCCGGGAACGAGGGCCCCGUCCUCGGCUUCGUCCACAACGGCACCCCCUGGGUGCUCACCGUCGGCGCCAGCUCCGUGGACCGGGUGUUCGCCGGGAUCGUGCGCCUCGGCAACGGCGCCUCCCUCCUCGGCGAGUCCCUCUAUCCCGGAAACCCGUCCACAUUCACCGACCUACCCCUCGCCUCCCUCGGCUCCUGCGCGAACGCGACGCUUCUCCGAAAACACCGCCGCAAAUUAGUGGUUUGCGACGCCAAGGAUUUUCUCGGCUCCGCGGCGCAACACGUCACCAAUGCCAAAGUGGCAGCGGCACUUUUCAUAACAACCGACACUUUUCGCGAUUUGUACGCGCUCUUCAGUUUCCCCGCGGUCAUUCUGAGCCCGCGAGACGGUUCGGUCGUCUUGGACUACAUAAACAAGAGCCCGAACCCGAAGGCCUGUUUGCAGUUUAGAGAGACCAUCUUGGGCUUGAAGCCGGCGCCGAAAGUGGCGCCCUACACUUCCCGCGGCCCGUCCGCGAGCAGCCCGCACGUCCUGAAGCCCGACAUCGUCGCGCCGGGCACGCAGAUUCUCGCCGCCUGGGCCGAGAACUCGACUGUCGGCACAGUUGGUUCGCGGGAGCUGUACAGCAAGUUUAAUAUUAUUUCCGGGACGUCGAUGGCGUGCCCGCACGCCUCCGGCGUGGCCGCCCUGCUCAGGGCGGCGCACCCCAGCUGGAGCCCCGCGGCCAUCCGGUCCGCGAUCAUGACCACCGCCGAUCCGUCCGACAACACGGGCCGGCCCAUUAAGGACACGGGCCUAAAGGACCAGCCCGCCACUCCGCUGGCCAUGGGCUCGGGCCAAAUCAAGCCCAACAAGGCGCUCGACCCGGGCCUAGUUUACGACGCCGGCAUUAAGGACUAUGUGAGGCUCCUAUGUGCCAUGAACUUCACUACAAACCAACUCAAAAUGAUCACUCGGUCAUCGUCAGUCGACUGCUCCGAUGCCUCGUUGGAUCUCAACUAUCCUUCAUUCAUCGCCUUUUUCAACCCGAAAACCGCCGUCACAAUAGAUAAUUCUAUUAGAAAAUUUAAGAGGACCGUAACGAAUGUGGGGGAUGCGGUGGCGACGUAUAGCGCAAAAGUGAAGGAGAUUAAAGGAUUCUCGAUAAGCGUCGUGCCGGAUGAGCUAGUGUUUAAGGAUAAGUAUGAGAAGCAAAGCUUCACAGUUAUUCUACAAGGGCACGUGAAAAAUAAAAAGGAUGAGGUGGUUCAUGGCUCAUUGAGUUGGGUGGAUGACAAGGGAAAGUAUGAAGUGAGGAGUCCUAUUGUGGCAACCACCUUCAGCUCAGAACGGUUGUGAAUGAAAAUACUGACAUUGCUAGAGCACUAUUUAAUUAUUUUCAAAUAAAAUAAAUUGAAAAUAUGGUUAGCACUGACCAUAGUAGAUUUUUCUUUAUGAAUGGAUAAAUUAGACCACUAGUGCUCCAAACUGUUUGAUCCCCCAAUUGUAAAUUCGAACGUUUAAAAUUUUAGUCAAAUUCCAAUAUUUUACUGUCAGAAAAAAAUUAUAGUAGUCUCCAUUUAAUGUAUCUGUACAUUUAUGUAUUAUAUAUAUUCGUCGACCUGAUUGAUCAAUCUCACAUUUCAA